UCUUGUGACCAAGCACAACAGCCUCAUCUUCUUGCCUGACACUGUGCUCAGCCAGACUGCUCUGUAGUUCCCACACUCUUCUGCUUUUCCCCUUACAGAAACGGGGCUUAUACCUCCCUUCUACCACUUUCCGGGAACUUCAACUGACGGAAACCGGAUUUCAAAAACAAGGCACUGCGGCCCAGCAACUCCAUCUGACAGUUCCCUCAGGGCUCACGCAUUAGCCUCUUCAGGUCCCAUGGACUUGUGCACAUUCAGGUUGCUAAGAUGGUCUCAAACUUGACCCUCUCCUACACUGGCCUGGGGAUCUACAGGGAUUUUCCGGGAGGGCUCCCAGCAUUUGCCUUGUGUGACUUCGGCAGCCUGCCUGGAGAUCACUGACACACAAGGUGACAAACACCCGCUUGCCUCCAAAUUCUCUGUCCCCCAAAGGCCUACAACUUUCAAAUCCCACGAUCCGCUCCAAGCAACAAUCCCACCAUUUCUCCACGAGGCCAGAGUGAUCAUCCCCUUGCAAGUCUGUGCACACCCCAAAUACCUCUUCACCUUGCCGCAGAUUCUGUGCAUUUUUGGAAAGGCAUCUGAAACUACUGGCAAACCUACAAUACUCCAGCCAAAGAAGCCAAGCUCCCUCAGCCUUUCUCACAGGUCACGUCCUCUGGACCCCCGUGCAUUUUCAGAGCCAUCACCUCCAACGACGCCACACCUCUCAUGGACUAAAGAGCCCUGAACAGGACACGCUGUUCCAGGCAAGGGCUCCAGCAGUCCCAAAGCGCAACCCCAUUUCUUUCAUGGGGGAAUGUCCUCCUUUGACCUCUGGCCGCCUCAGCCACUGAGGCACGGAUCUCAAAAGCAGAUCGAUGCUCUGGGGCCACAGCCAUGGCACCAAGAACGACAGUAACAGCCAAAGCUUUCCCUUUCCGCGACUUCUUCACUCAGCCUUUCUUGCCUGCCUUGUGGCUCGCUCCUCCCAAACACAGCAGGUGCAGUGCCUCCUUGCAAGGACACACUCAGGCCUCCAAGGCCCACAUGCACAGACAGCCCCUUGAACCCUGCCACUGCCUCUGGGCGUUUACCGCAGGAGGGGAAACGACGGCCCUCACCCACUGACAUCACCGCACAUCCCUUGCAACCGCAAAAGGAAAACAGUGGCUAAGAUGAAAUUAAAGGCAAGCCUCAAAGUGAAAGGAAAAGUGACCACAACCAAAACCAGGGCUUUGCAAGUGGAAACGAUGCUUGGGCACAAACAGAGACUCAGCUGAACAGCACAGACCUUGCAGCUGGCUCGGCAAGUGAAAGGAACACCCAACACCCUCUCCAACGCACCUGACCCCAGCGCCUCUGGCCCAGAGCUUUCACAACCCCUUUCACCCAUGACUGCCACUCUGCCCCGGCACACCGCUGUCACCACAAUCCCCAACCACGGCCACCUCAACAAGGCACUGCCCAAGACCACCACAGCCACCAGCACAGACUGGAAAGCACGGCCGGAAACUCCCGGCAAUCAGAAAGCGAUGAAGGGAAAGCUGCCGCCGUACAAAGCCGCGCACCCGGCAGCGCCCCAGACACAGCCACCAGCAGCAGCAGCAGCACCACCACCACCACCACCACCACCGGGCGUCACCGGGCUCCUCCUGCUCAGCACCACCCGACAGCACCCACAGACCCAGCAUGGCUGCGCCCACAGCCACACAGCCACGGCUGCCGCACGCCGCACCACCGCUCCUGCUCCUCCUCACCGCUCUGGCCACCAGCCUCGCCUGCCAACGCCUCUGGACACACGACGACUCCUUCCCCGGCGACGCACUCCGCCUCCUCCAGGACAUGGCUCCCAGCCACACACAGCCCUGCCACCUCCAAGAGUCGCCCUUCUUCCCCGACACCCUCCUCCACCCCAACCUCCACCCGCACCAAGCCGCCGCCACCGCCCUACGCAUCCUCCAGCACCUCUUCCACACCCUCAGCUCCAACAGCACCCGCCAGCACUGGCCCAGCCACGCUCGCAACCUCCUCCUCAACAAACUGCAGCACCACAUCCACCACCUCGAGCAAUGCCUCCCCGACAACGCCCUGCUCUUCAAAGGACCACGCAACCCGCUGCUCACCAUCAACAAGUACUUCAGGGACAUCCACCUCUUCCUCCACGCCCACAACCACAGCGCCUGCGCCUGGGACCACGUCCGCCUCGAAGCUCGAGCCUCUUUACGGCACCUCCACAACCUCACACGUGCCAGGCGCCGCUAG